CUCCAGUGUCUUCUAUGCCUCAUCUUCAAAGAUUUAUUUUCACUGCUCAUUAUCCAUUCCACAUUUCUGCACUCAGAUAGCACCAUGCAUGUUCAACAAUUCUCUCUUCUUCUACUUUUCACCUUGUUUCAAGCAACAGCUUGCUCAGGCAGUUCUAUCGUAGGAGGCAGAGAGGUCAAAAAACCUAAACCAUGGAUAGUCUCAAUCCAGGACCAGAACUGGCACAUCUGUGGAGGAACUCUUAUUCAUCAGCAGUGGGUUUUAACAGCUGCACACUGCAAAAUGCAUUUCAAAUCUAAACAAAGGACAGUGCUUGUAGGUGCUCAUUCUCUGACAAAGGACAAAAAUGCUCAGCGAGUUGAAAUCUUGAACUUUCACAUCCCUAAAACAUUUAGUAUUAAAACUAAGGUUGAUGACAUCAUGCUCCUGAAGCUCCAAAACAAAGUUCAGCUUAAGAAAAACAAAGUGGAAGUGAAGACAAUUCCCAAAUCAGGUAUAGACAUUCCAGCAGGGACAAAAUGUGAAGUGAGAGGAUGGGGAACCACUCAGGAAGAUGAUCUUAAAUGCUCUGACACCCUGCAAGAAGUGGAGGUGAUGGUGGUGGACAGGGGACUGUGUAACUGCUACUACAACAACAAACCUGCCAUUACUGAUGACAUGCUGUGUGCAGGAAACAAGCAGGGGAAGAAAGAUGCAUGCUUGGGGGAUUCUGGGGGACCCCUGGAGUGUAAGAAAAGCAUUGUGGGUCUAGUGUCAGGAGGAGAUGGCUGUGGCAAGCCCAAGAAACCCGGUGUCUACACUCUUCUCUCCAAGAGACACAUUUUCUGGAUUAAGAACGUAAUUAAAAAGCAAUCCAACAGCACAGAAGUCUAGAAACAAAUUUAUCAAUCCAUAUGGUGUUGUACACGGUAUCAAUCAGCAUAUACACCAUAUAUUAUUGACUUGCUUUUUGGUAUUCUUUCAUCUUUUACUUCAUAUAUAUGGCUGAAAAUCAGGAGAGAGCGAGAGAGAGGGGAAUGAUUGCUUAAUUAUAAAUGUACUCGAUCAGCCAAGACAUGUUUGGGGUCUUGAAAGCUGCCUCUUUUUUUGUUGUUGUUUGUUUCUCUCUUUUGAAGAAAUAUGGCGUUAUGGUUGUUUUUCUCAGUGACUUUUGUCCAUGUCCAAAGCCAAUUGUGGAAUGAUUUGCACAUGUACACUUAGUGCACCAUGCUAAACUGGUGGUCAUAUAUUUCUAUUUUGUGCUAGCAACAUUAACCUCUUCAUUCCCAUUAACAACUAUGUCUUUAAUGAAACAUGGGUUUCAUUUGUAAUUCUGAGCAAUACUGGGAACAGCCACAUAAACAAGAUUCUGUAAGUAAGGAAUAAAACCCUGUGUGUGGCGCUGUUACAGGAAAAAAAUCACCAUAAUGGUUUUGUUGCCACAUUAAAGAAACAGUACAUCCACAAGUGUUUCAUUCCUCUUAUAACACAGCAAUUUGCCAACAAGUACAAUUAUUUAUUUCUUAAAGAACAACAUAUCAUGCUUUUAAGAACAUUUACAGUUGCAUUUAAUAUUGUGGCAUGUCUGUGAAACACAAUCAUUCUUUCACCACGUUGUCAUAUAAGUCACUGUCCAUGAGCUGUUACUAUAGAAACAAUGAUUAAAUAAAGAUGUUUGUUGCAGCUUCA